AUGUCUCAGAAGGGUGUUAAUAAACAGGGCAUCAUUGGUUAUUGUAAAAAUAGCGACAUCCCCUACUUCCAGAAGGGUACCUGGCUUAAAACAGGAUCUUUUACUGGUCUGAUAAAAGUUCUUAAACUUUCUCCAACCAGAUGCAGCUGUAAGGUCUUCCUACAAUCCCAAACGAUAGAGCUACUGGCAAUGGUGAUCAGAUCACACAAACAAUAUGAUUGGUCAAGAAGAGAAAGACUCUUUCGGGUCUGUUAUGAGACAGCGGAUGAGCUAUGUACUCCCACUACUGUGGUUUCGUUGAUGGGCAGCCUGGACGUUUGGCGCAGAUUCGUAAAUAUGCGAUGGUAUUGUAACCGUCAUGGCUACGAUGUUAUUAUCCUCUGGGAAAUGUCGACACUACAAAUAAGAGCGGCACUGGAAGCACCUCAAGCAGUUACAGUGCCAGAUGUACUGCAAGCCCCCGGGGCGCUGCAAGCAAUACAUGCACACGCACUACAAAUUCUACAAGCAGAAAUGCACGCGUUACAAGCAGAAGCGGAAGUACUGCAAGAUCUACAAAAACUGGAAGAACAGCAGGAAUCAAAGUCAGUUCGAGCCCAGCAAGCACGACAAAGAUUGGAAAAAGCACUACCAGCACACCGCCAGCAAGCAAUAAAGGCACGGCAAGCACAAAGGUCACGACGACUACGACAAACAGCACAAGUACGGCAAGCAAACCAGGCACAGCAGGAGGAGCCGGAGACGAGCACUCUCACCCGUUGA